AUGGCUCGGAUGACUGCAGUGGCCAUGCUGCUGCCAGGGCUGCUCGUCGCCUUCUCUCUCGGUGCUGCCAUUGCACUCAUUGCAGUAAUCAGCAUCAAGCCACUCCACAGGGAUGUCUGCCGUGCUACCAUUGUAGACGAUAUUCCACGUGACAACCAGCAAGUCAACCACGCUCUCAUGUUUCCUUCUGCAUCCCUCCCUCAUGCCAAUGCCACUGCCACGUGUCAGAAUGCCACGAGCGAAUCUUCUACGCAUGCCUACGCCGUCACCGCCUCUCUUCAGCAUGCUCUUGCGCUCAACGUGCCUCUUCACUCCCUCCACGACCUGGUGCGUGCUGGGUUAACCGAGGUCCCGAGUGCAAGUCAUCUACUCCUGCUGGACAUUUCAAUCUCUACUCUCAUGGCACUGCUGUGGGGGAUGGGCGUGACCCACACGCAAGUCAGAGCAUGGGUGCAUCAGCAGGGCUUGGCUGUGACGGCUGGGCUGAUGAAGCUGAAGAGUGCAACCAAGUGCCUCCUGGUAUGCCAUGCGCUACACCUUCCCCCACAGGGCCACCUUCAUCCCAACUUCAUCCCACCUUCAUCUUUUGCCGUCUGA